AUGGCUCAGUUCUACAGCGAUAUCGACGACGAGAUAGGCCAAUUCUUUUUGCAGGCAUCUGCCACCAGGGCAGAAUGUGACAACCUGGCCCGCACGAGGUUCGGAGGGCCGGUCGAACCUGUUUCAGUCCAAGGGGCGACCAGCUAUACUGUGGUGGUUGGGCCAAACCAUGACAAAAUUGUCCAGUUCCGAGGUAUGGAUGCCCAGCUAGAUAUGAGAAUGUUGGACCUGGCUAGACAGGUUCACGGAGACGUGGUGCCUGCAGGUGCUGCCCUGGGCCACAUUGGCGACGACGCACAACGGCAGCUCGCGAUAUACGAGAUGGACAGACUCCCGGGGGAUAACUACGCCAUGGCCUGGCGCAAGCCGGUGGCUCCAACCCGGUAUGCUCUUUCAACCGUUGCUACCGAGUUGUCUACCAGGCUCGACGACGUCUCAUCCUCCGGUGUUCUCACCGCUCGCUUUGGGCCAGCCUUUGACGAAGUGAGAGAGCAACUGCCGGCCCUCGCUUCCGGGGAUUUUCCAAUGGCGCUCACCCAUAGCGAUCUCAACGAGCUGAACAUCCUCGUCGACGGCGGCAGCGGCAUUAUCACGGGAAUCGUCGAUUGGAACGAUGCUGGCAUUCAGCCCUUCGGUCUCACCCUGUAUGCGCUGGAAAAGUUCAUUGGCAGUAUGGGCCGUGACGGAUGGGUGUACCUCGAUAAUGCUGAUGCGCUUGGAAGGCGUUCGCCCACCACGCUGGGCAGGUAUCCCAGUCACAGAUGA